CUUUAAUGCAUAUUUCUUAAAAUAUCUUCAUUGAUUUCAGGUAAUCAAAUCUGCAAGUCCUAUGUUUCUCGAGCUAAUGUGCGUUGGUGGUAUUUUGGUUUGUUCACAGUUUUUUACAACUUAUUUUACAUCAACUGUUUUGGUAUGCACAAUACGCAUCUGGCCGCAGCAUAUCGGUUUCUUUAUUUUGUAUGGAUCUCUGGUUGUAAAGACAUGGAGAAUUUCUGCAAUAUUUACUGUGGGUGCUGGGAAGAGAGUUUACCUUCCAGAUAAGGCUCUUUAUCAACGGCUAGGUCUUAUGAUGGGUUUUGUUGUUAUAGUUCUUGCCGCAUGGACUGUAGGUAAACCACCAGUAAUACAAAAAAUUAAGACAUCUGAUGAUCUUCUCUUUUAUAUUUGCAACUAUGGACCAAUGGAAUAUGCCGUUAUUUCAGCUGAAAUACUGCUCCUAUUGUAUGGCGUGUACCUUUGCUUCACAACAAGAAAAGUGCCGUCACAGUUCAAUGACAAAUUCAUGACGUAUGCGAUAUAUAACGCAAUUAUUCUUGGAAUUUUCAUGACAUUCAUGUCUCGUCUGCUUAUAACAGUUAUCGGGCCUGAUAUGUCUCUGGUGUUUCAAUUUCUCCAACUCCAAGUGUUUGCUUCAAUUACUCUUCUUAUCAUUUUUGUUCCAAAGUUUCUAGCUGUCAGAAAGGCAAAAGAAACAGGCGAUCAGAAUAACACAUUCACUAGUCUUAAUGGCCAAGGUUUAGGAAAAGGUCGAUUUACUAAGCAGUUAUCAUCUGCGCUGGAUUUGAAUGUAAACUUUCUUAAAUUCCUGGUGGAAGCCACGAACAAGGCAACACAAACAGACAGCACGUUAGAAUGCGAGGGAACAACUUACACAACAGUCGACACAAAAUAG